AUGGAGAAUAAUUUGAACAAGAAUUCCGAAGACGCCUUACUAAGAUGGAGGAAGAUAAAUGGUCUUAUAAAGAAUCGUAACAAACGGAUUGGUUUCACUGCUGACCUCACCAACACUCUUCCGGAUAUGCGUCUCAAUCAGCCAAAUGGCCUCAAACUACCCUUCCAUGUCAUAAAAGAUUGUACCCAAGACUUCAACAACAAAAAUUUCAUUGGGAAGGGUGGUUAUGGAAGGGUCUACAAGGGAAUCCUCACAUGGGGAGAUCAUAUAAACCAACUAGUUGCUGUAAAGCGGCUAGAUGUCAACGGAUUUCAAGGCAACAAGGAGUUUCGAACAGAGGUUGCAAUGCUUUCCGAGUAUCAACACAAAAACAUUAUAAGACUUAUAGGAUUUUGUGAUGAUAACAAGGAGAUGAUCCUUGUUUAUGAAUAUGCAAGCCAUGGAAGCCUUGAAAAAUAUAUAUGUGACACUACCAUGUCAGGUAGACUAUCAUGGACACAACUCCUCAAAAUAUGUAUCGGUGUUGCUUCUGCAUUGGACUAUCUUCAUAACCAUGUGGCCGAAAAACACAGAAUUAUACAUCGCGAUGUGAAAAGCGCGAAUGUUUUGUUGGAUGAGAAUUGGAAUGCAAAACUUUCCGAUUUUGGGUUGGCUAGAAUAGGUUUAGCAAAUCAACAUAACACCUUUGUGAUCACUAACCUUGCCGGCACAUAUGGUUACACUGACCCCGAAUAUGAAAGAACAGGGUUUUUAACAAAAGAGUCGGACGUUUAUUCACUCGGUGUGGUUUUGUUUGAAGUUUUGUGUGGAAGGCUAGCAUGUGUUUUCAACUACCAUGAUGAGCGACGAUUCCUACAUCAUUUGGCUCGAACAUCCUAUAAAAAUGGAGAGCUUGAUAUAAUUAUUGAUCACAGAAUAAAGAAAGCUAUCAACCCAAGAACAUUACGCAUGUUUUCCGCUAUAGCAUAUCAAUGCUUACAAGAAACUCGGGAAAAACGACCUACAAUUGCUAAGGUGACAUUCCAACUUAAGGAAGCCUUGAAAAUGCAAAUUUCACCAGUUUUUUUCAAGAUAGAGAAGAUGAAUCCACCUUUAGUUGAUUCAGAAUUGGAUUCUUUGUCGAAGCUUUAUAUAAACAAGCAUAUAAACAAGCGAGACAUGGAAAAUAAAAUCUAAAGUAAAACUUAGGUUUUACCAUUGUCUAGAGAAACAGUCAGACAACACAACAUCACAGGCAGUAAGGCGGAGGUCUAACGACUCGUAAAAUGAAAAUUGGUUUUGAACUUAUUAAACUUUUUAUGGUGAUGAAGACUUGAAGUUGUUUAACACUUUAGCAUGUUUUAAAUUGAACUUGUUAUUCACUUAUGUUGCAUUAGUUAGGUUGAUUCUUCAAAUUUUAAUGCUGUAAUAUAACUACAUAAGAAAAUAGAAGUAAUUAACACGUUAUAAUAAACAAAUCAAUAAAAGUACAUUUUGCUUCUUGUAAUAGAAGUAUAAACAAGAGCACGCAUGUUCAUUAGAGUUUGUAAGAAAAGAAUUGUUAAAAUCUAAAAGACAAGAAGAUAAAACAUGAAAUGAAAAACAUGGUCAUAUGUAUGGCGUGAAUCUAGUAACUAUUUAAUCACUUUGUAUCCACACGGAUAUUGUGUUAUCCUAUUAAUAUCACAAAACAAAAACAUAUAUAUAAUAUUAGAUAACAUUGUAACUUAUCAUUUUCAGCCUUUGAUCAAGGUGGUCCAAGCCGAUUGAGGCCCAGUCUAAAAGAAAAAUGCAGCCGAUACAAAUAACUAUAGUCAUAAAAAUGUAGAAAAUAGUGACAGGUACAAAUUCACUAAAACUUAGGAUGUGUUUGGGUUGGAUGGAAUGAAAUAACGAAUGAAUUAAAUGUACCGAGUAAUAUUUGGCAUGGGUGAAUUAAAGCAAUGGACAUUGUUUUGUUUGGCUAUUACGUUGUAAUGGAAUGAGUUAUAUUGGAAUCACAAAGGAAUAAAUGGAAUAAUAUUAACCGAUAAUGGCAAAUACUC